AUGCAAAUCUUUGUGAAAACUCUUACUGGUAAAACCAUCACUUUGGAAGUAGAAUCAUCAGACUCUAUUGAAAAUGUAAAAGCUAAAAUUCAGGACAAGGAAGGAAUCCCACCAGACCAACAGCGAUUAAUUUUUGCCGGAAAACAAUUAGAAGAUGGCCGUACAUUAUCUGACUACAAUAUUCAGAAAGAAUCAACUCUUCACUUAGUACUCCGCCUUCGAGGUGGAAUGCAAAUCUUUGUGAAAACUCUUACUGGUAAAACCAUCACUUUGGAAGUAGAAUCGUCAGACUCUAUUGAGAAUGUAAAAGCUAAAAUUCAGGACAAGGAAGGAAUCCCACCAGAUCAACAGCGAUUAAUUUUUGCCGGAAAACAAUUAGAAGAUGGCCGUACACUAUCUGACUACAAUAUUCAGAAAGAAUCAACUCUUCACUUAGUACUCCGUCUUCGAGGUGGAAUGCAAAUCUUUGUGAAAACUCUUACUGGCAAAACCAUCACUUUAGAAGUAGAAUCGUCAGACUCUAUUGAAAAUGUAAAAGCUAAAAUUCAGGACAAAGAAGGAAUCCCACCAGAUCAACAGCGAUUAAUUUUCGCCGGAAAACAAUUGGAAGAUGGUCGUACACUAUCUGAUUACAAUAUUCAGAAAGAAUCAACUCUUCACUUAGUACUCCGUCUUCGAGGUGGAAUGCAAAUCUUUGUGAAAACUCUUACUGGCAAAACCAUCACUUUGGAAGUAGAAUCGUCAGACUCUAUUGAGAAUGUAAAAGCUAAAAUUCAGGACAAGGAAGGAAUCCCACCAGAUCAACAGCGAUUAAUUUUCGCCGGAAAACAAUUAGAAGAUGGCCGUACAUUAUCUGACUACAAUAUUCAGAAAGAAUCAACUCUUCACUUAGUACUCCGCCUUCGAGGUGGAAUGCAAAUCUUUGUGAAAACUCUUACUGGUAAAACCAUCACUUUGGAAGUAGAAUCGUCAGACUCUAUUGAGAAUGUAAAAGCUAAAAUUCAGGACAAGGAAGGAAUCCCACCAGAUCAACAGCGAUUAAUUUUUGCCGGAAAACAAUUAGAAGAUGGCCGUACACUAUCUGACUACAAUAUUCAGAAAGAAUCAACUCUUCACUUAGUACUCCGUCUUCGAGGUGGAAUGCAAAUCUUUGUGAAAACUCUUACUGGCAAAACCAUCACUUUAGAAGUAGAAUCGUCAGACUCUAUUGAAAAUGUAAAAGCUAAAAUUCAGGACAAAGAAGGAAUCCCACCAGAUCAACAGCGAUUAAUUUUCGCCGGAAAACAAUUGGAAGAUGGUCGUACACUAUCUGAUUACAAUAUUCAGAAAGAAUCAACUCUUCACUUAGUACUCCGUCUUCGAGGUGGAAUGCAAAUCUUUGUGAAAACUCUUACUGGCAAAACCAUCACUUUAGAAGUAGAAUCAUCAGACUCUAUUGAAAAUGUGAAAGCUAAAAUUCAGGACAAGGAAGGAAUUCCACCAGACCAACAGCGAUUAAUUUUUGCCGGAAAACAAUUAGAAGAUGGCCGUACACUAUCUGAUUACAAUAUUCAGAAAGAAUCAACUCUUCACUUAGUACUCCGUCUUCGAGGUGGAAUGCAAAUCUUUGUGAAAACUCUUACUGGUAAAACCAUCACUUUAGAAGUAGAAUCGUCAGACUCUAUUGAAAAUGUAAAAGCUAAAAUUCAGGACAAAGAAGGAAUUCCACCAGAUCAACAGCGAUUAAUUUUUGCCGGAAAACAAUUGGAAGAUGGUCGUACUCUAUCUGACUACAAUAUUCAGAAAGAAUCAACUCUUCACUUAGUACUCCGUCUUCGAGGUGGAAUGUAA